CGAAUUUAGUCUGAACUGGGCAUAGAACUCAAGCACAUCGGUGGCGAUCGGUGAUCAGUGAUUGUCUGGUGAAUGUGAUCCGCGAUUUGAGUUGAAACUUUUCAUAUACCUACACUAGCCGGCUGCUAAAACAGCACUCGUUCUACAACUACUGUCAAGUAUUGACCAUCUCUCACAUACCUUCACGCGAGUUCAAGUUCUCCGAGAACCCUCGCGCAUUUAUAAAUAAAAAUAAAAAUCAAAACUUGUUCAAGAAACUAUACAACAAACCAAGAUCAAAUACUCUGGUGUGACGCGCAGAAACGCCAUUCUACCAGAUUCCCAUCAUAACCAUUAUUUUGUCGGGAAAAAAUUCAAAAGAAACAACAAUCGUGUUGCAUCUCUCGGGGCACCAUCAUGUUAUCAAAUACCGUUUUAGUAGUUUUUUUAGUAGGAAUUUUUGCAUUAUGUCAAGCUUCACAACCUACAAAUAAAGUUAAGACAGAUGCUGAAGUUGAGUCUUCUAUUGCUGAUAUUUUUAAUACUGCUACUCCCUCGGAUGAAAUUACCACUAGCAGCAGUCCAACUAAAAAGCCUGCAAUCGAUGACAGAGACUAUUGGGAUAAUGAUGAUUUUAAACCUUAUAAAGUUGAUAAACGAGACUAUUUUGAUUGGAGACUAUUAGAAAAAGUAUUCACAAACACUCAAUCAAAUGUUGUCAUCUCACCAUUCUCCGUCAAAUUCGUCCUUGCUCUUCUUUACGAAGCCGCUGAUGCUGAAUCCAAUACCAAAACCGAACUAUCUUCAGUAUUUUAUGGAUCACCUUCAACUUAUUUGAUGAGAGAUGUAUACCGUGAUAUGUUGGAAUCACUCAAGGAACCCAAUACAAAAUACAUACUCAAUAUUGCAACAAAAAUGUACCUACGUAAUAAUAUUACACCAAGACCACAAUAUCGGCACACCCUAAUGGACCAAUACGAUACAGAUAUUCAAAAUUUGGAUUUCUCUAAAGCUGAAGAAUCAGCUGAUAUUAUUAAUAAAUGGUGUAGUAAUGUAACAGAAGGACGUUUGAAGGAAUUAGUUACUAGUGAUCAAAUCCAAAGUGCUGGUCUUUUACUCAUAAAUGCUAUUUAUUUUGACGGACAAUGGCGGACACCAUUCACUUCGACAUUCGAAAGUGCCUUCUUCCGAUUACCAAACGAACAAAUUCGUGCAAAUUAUAUGACAGUUACUGGCAAGUUUUAUUAUUUCUAUUCAACAAUGUUGAAUGCAAAGGUCUUGAGAUUGCCAUAUCAGGGUAAGAAAUUCUCCAUGACUAUUUUAUUGCCUGGAGCUAAAGGUGGUUUGGAAGCACUUGCACGAGAUAUUGAAGGCGAUGGACUUAGACGUAUUCAGUGGCUGAUGAGCGAACAAGAAGUUAAAGUCACAUUACCAAAGUUCAAAUUUGACUAUACAGCUAAACUUAAGGAGACUUUAAUGGCGUUGGGCUUGAAUGAAAUCUUCACGGAAAGUGCAGCUCUAAGCGGAAUUGCUAAAGGAUCAGCUUUAGAUAGGAAAAUGAAGGUGACUAAUAUUAUUCAAAAGGCUGGUAUUGAAGUUCAUGAGAAAGGAAGUACCGCAUUUGCAGUAACAGAAGUUGAAAUCGUAAAUAAAUUUGGUGGUGAUAAUAUUGAAGAAUUCAACGUAAAUCGUCCAUUCGUAUUUUUAAUUGUUGAUGAAUUAACAAGCACUAUAAUAUUUGCUGGCAAAGUACUUGAUCCAACAGUUUAAUAAGAUAUAAUUUUUAUAUUUUUAAGAUUUUAGAUUCUAUAUGUUUUUUAAUAAUGUACAUGUGUGAAAUAUAUGGCCUUUUUUCAAAGAAAAUAAACGAAUAAAAAUAAAA